AUGCCAGGCACUGCUAUCUGCAAUUCUGUCAUCCAGGUGGCCCCUAACGCAUGGAGGCUGGGCGAACUCAUCAUCUGUGAGAGGGUAGGCACCGGGCCUGUCAACGGCGCUGCCAUUACCACCUGGAGAGAUGAUGAGGGAAUCCUGUGGUAUCUGCGCAGGGGAAGGAAAUCCGACUCAAGGUAUUACCCAAACGGCCGAUUCGCCGUUCCUUACCACAAAUCCGGAACCUCUGGAGCCAUCUGGAAGCUCGGCGGCAUGUUUGUCAAAGUCAAAUCAUGGGGCGAGGGCAUGGAUCCGGAGUCGGACACGCUCAAGCUCAUUUAUGAGUCGUGCCCAGGUGUGCCUGUCCCACGAGUCGUCGCUCACUGGGUCGACAUGGACACGCAAAGGUCCUUCCUGAUUCUCAGACCUUUGCGCGGUCAGAUACUUCUGCACGCCUGGCCCUCCCUGUCGCCCGAGCUUCGUCAAUACGUUGCCAACCAGAUCGCCGACGUUUGUGAGAUCCUUGCCAAGCACACCGCCACCUACAUGGGAAGCGCUGCGAAUCCUUUGAACGGCUGUCGUGAUCAAUACCUCUGCCCAGACCGUCCUGUGAGCAUACCAUCCUGGAAGCCGAUCUCACUUCCCCGCAUCGACGAAUGGAACGGCCAAGAAUACUUCGAUCCCUUUCAGAUUGGCCGAACCUUCAACCUUUAUCACCCAGAGCUGGAACCUACAAAUAUCGUCGUCACGAGCGAUGGCCGUGUAACCGGCAUUCUGGACUGGGAGCGCGCGGGCUACUUCCCAAGAUGCUGGAUCAGCACCAAGCCUCAGAUUGCAGACGAGUUUUUGCUGGACGCAGGUCCUGGCGUGCCCGACGUAACCGAAUGGCAAUGGAGACUCGCUACAACUCUCGAGGAGAGAGGCUUCAUCCCUGAGCGAGAAGAAUGGGAAGAGUUUCGCGGAAGGAUCUCCGGCACCGUGUCCACAGCUGUGUCUUUUGCCAAGUAUUUUCCGGCCGAGACAGACGAGGCGGAGGACAACGAGGUCCCUGACGUCCCUGACGUCCCUGAUAUCCCAGAUGUCCCAGACGUCCGAAUGGACGAGGUGGGCGAGCCAAGCCGGCUCAACGCGCAUGAUCCACAUCAGGUCUGGUAUUAG